GAACUAACCCACUGUAAACAAUCCCCUCCAUUCUGGCCAUAACAAGGCUAUUGUUUAGCUUCAAAUAAACAAAUGUCGGAUUUGUGCGUUUACAUGUUGGAACAUGUUGGCUUCAGAACGGAUGAUUUUCAAGUUGGAUCCAUUUGUUUCUCAUUUCUUGACAUCUUGCUCCUGUUUUAACUAGUCGCCAUGGUGUGCGCUUAAACCCCCUUCAUGCCUCUGUAAAGAGUGUUGAAUCAACACCCGAUGACAUGCCGCUGCUGUAGGAAGCAUUAUGUUGGAAGCAGAAGUUAACGAGGCUAUUAACUGCUUUGCUGACUCCCUAGCCGACUUGACUGUCAAUAGCAAACCUCUCAUCAACUUCCUCACUAUGGUUGCAAAAAAUAAUGUAGACCAUGCAGAAGUUAUUGUAGAUGCUGUCGACAGUCAUCUCGAAAAGGCCCCAAUUAUAGUGAAGCUGCCCAUCUUGUACCUUAUUGACUCCAUCGUAAAAAAUGUUGCAACAAAGUACAUAGAUUUGUUUUCUUCAAUCAUUAGGGAGAAGUUUCCUAAAAUAUAUGAGGAAGCCGACGAAACUAUGCGCCAAUCAAUGUUCAAACUGCGACAAACUUGGGAUGGUAUUUUUUCUUGCAAGGAGUUGUGUGAUAUCGAUGUUGAAAUUCAUUCUUUUGACUCUGCUUGGCUGUUGAAAGGUGAAUCGUUGGAUGCAUUUAAAAACAAGACUUGUAAAAUAUUGCUCAACCCUAGCUUCUUAUCCAUGGAAUCUGAAGAAGCUAAAGUUCAUUCAGAAGUUGAUGAGGCAGAUAUGUUGCGAGAGCAGCUUCUUCUUCAAAAACAAAGGCGAGAUUUGGAAAGAGAUCAAAAGCAAACUGAUCAACGUUCUUCUGAACAAAAAUCUAGUACAAGUCCAGCUGACUCAACAACAAUAGAAAAUUCCACUGGUGAACAUCCAUUAGAUGACAUCGUCCCGAUAAACAAAUCUCCUCUGACUGACACAACUGUUCAGACUAAAAUGGACAAUAGCAAACUUAUACAUUUGUUGUCAGAUCUGGUAUCCAGACAGAAUCAUAAACUAUUGAAGGACAGUGAAGACCAUGACAGUGCCAAGAAGCAUACUAAGAAAAACUACCAGAGCAAGUCUCAUAGAAAUCCUUGCUAUGAUGAAGACCGAAGAAAAUCUUACAGGCCGUCGAGGUAUUCCAAUCACAGAUCUUAUAGAGACAGAGACCAUAGGCCUAGAAAAGAUCGCUACUAUGAUAUGGACCGACAACAUAGAGAUGCAAUUGUAUGUAGGAAAGAAAAGCAAGCCAGUUGUGGAAAAGACGACCCAGCACAGUCAACUUGUAAUGACUUGCUAACAGGAGCCUCUAGUACUUCAUCUAAGCAAUCUUUAGCAAAAGGUGGUUAUGAGAACUCAACUAAACAUAAUAUAUUCCAUUACAAUCAAACAUCAAUCAAUCUUACCUCUUCUGAGCUUUGUUCCAAUACUGUUGAAACUACUCCCUAUUAUUUGAAUACUCAAAUUGAAACUGUAAUUAAAGAAAGCAGUGAAAGAAGAAUCUAUAACAACUUUUUUCACGUUCACAAUUCGUUGAAACGGAAAUCCAUACCUGCUGAAAUUUGUUUUGACAAUGACAUUGAUCCUGCAUCUUCAUGUGUAGUAUUGACUUCCACUAUGGUUACUGGAAAUAAGCAAAAAAAACCUCUCCUUCCAAAUCCCGAGUCAGGACCUGUUAAGUCCUUUAAUCACAGUCAGAUUCCUCAUGAAUUUUCCAAUUCCACUAAUCGAUCAACAGAGAAAGUGGUUGAAAUUACACAAGAGAGAAUAUUUGAUUAUCAACAUGGAUAUCGAACGCCUGAAAAGAGUUUAGAAAACAGUACAUGUUUUAAUCCAACUGGCAAUUUAGGACUGCAGCGUUAUCAGAAUCAAAAUACCAAAUUAGAAGAACCUAUGUGCAAUUUAAGUGAUUUCAAUAUGAAAGCAAACUAUCCUGUACUGUCCCUUCCAUCUGCCUGCAUACAAUCCUUACGGAAUAUUGCACAAGAUCCAAUGGGUACCAUCAGUGUAGAUGGAGUUAGUCAAGAAGUUCGAUUUUAUGGUGAUACAGCAGUUAUAGGAGCUGGAAGUGACAAUCCGAGGGAGAUACUAUUUAAACAUGGAGAAGCCACAAUCAUUCUAAACAACUUUGUGGUUCAUUGUAUAUUUCAUGAGCCCAACAAAGAAAUUAUACUGAUGGGAAAUCGUUACCUACUGCGUUUGGGGGCACCGACCAGAGAGUUGUAUGUGAAUAAUGAAGGAUUUCAGUGUUCCUUUAAUUGUCCUCCUAUUGAAAUCCAACUUUCUACUGGAGAGAUGUUAACUGCCAGACUGCAUUGCAGUGCAGUACCUCUGGUGCAAAUUGGUGCUUUGCGCAGCGAUUUAGUGGCAGGUUCUGUGACUCUAUCUGUGAAUGGAGUUGACAUUUCACGCAUAUAUUUAGAUGGAAAACCACAAAGAUUUGACAUUGCCGGGAUACCUCAUAUUUUGAAAUUUUUGAACCGUUUCAAAACUGUACUUAUUAAUCAGGAAAUUGUCAACAUUUGUUUUGGGGGCCCUGCUGUUGCCCUGUUAGUAAAAGGUGAUGUGUACUAUGUGCGGCUGUCUCAUUUACCUCCUGGCCUCAUUUUGGGUCAGUUUGGUGUUCUAGGUAUGGGCUUUGUACAAACACAAAAUCCUGUACAACAAAAUUUAGGCAUUGGAGGUCCUAAUGCCAAUGUUUUUGAUGAACCAUCACCACAUGUGCCACUUCCACCAGUUGAAAGAAAAGCAAGGGGAAAGGGAAGAAAACGUUCCAAGAACAAUGCAUUAGCAAGAAAAAACUCAUUAUCACAUCUCGUACCAAAGAUUAGAGAGCAAAACAAGCAGAAUACAGCAAUUACUGCUCCUGAAACAGGCCUCACUUGCUUCUCAAAUGAAUCAUCUCACAACAACUCUACCCACAAGCCUCCUGCAUUUGAACCAUGUGCAAAUAUUCAUGCCUUAUUUCGAAACCUCUGUGAAGUUGGGCUUUUAACUCCUCAUUAUAUGCAAACUGAACCUGAAGAGCGUAAGGCAAACAUUGGAGAUAUUCAUGAAGUGGAUUUCAGUGAAUCAUCGUCAUUGAAAACAAAGCAGCCAGGUCUGGUUGAUGCUCUUUAUUCUGGAGAGCAAUGCAGUUCUUGUGGAGAAAGGUUUUUUCCUAAUGAAAGUGGAGUCUACAGCAAGCAUUUAGAUUGGCAUUUCCAAAUAAAUCGUGAAAUCAGGAAACCUCAAAGUAGAAUGUGGUAUCUAAGUGUCACAAAUUGGGUCAAAUUUGAGUCUGAAUCCAGCAUAACUCUAGAAGUUAUUCCUGAGGAAUGUAAAGGCAGCACAUCCAUUCAAGAAGAGCCAACAUCCAGUGUGCCAUCUCAAGACUUCCCUUAUGGUACAGUUUGUGAAGUAUGUCGGGACAAAUUUGAAGAAUUCUUCAACGAAGAACAGGAUGAGUGGCAUCUAAAGGACUGCAUCUGUCAUGAAGGUCUCAUUUAUCACCCUGUCUGUUUGAAAGAUUACCAAAUGACUUCAGAUGUUGCUGUAAAUAAAAGACUGCUGCUUUUAGAGGAUGAACUGAGUAAAGAAAGUUCAAAGUCUGAUAGCCUUGAAGAAGAUGCUGUUUCACAAAACACUCUCUUUUCUACAGAUUUGAAUAGUACUUCUCAAGGGCCUGAUUGUGAGUGUGAGAAAGAAGUGCCCUCAGAUAGUUUAGUUACUAAUGCCACUGUGAUAAAUGAGAAUUACUGUUUGACCAAAGAAGUUGAAAAUACAAAAUCUAUUUUUCCUGUCUGUGAAUCACAUAUCAAAGACAGCAUGGAUGAAACACAAACAAUGACAAUACCCCAACAUGAGGAGAGUGGCAGCACUUCUAAAGUCUCUGACUGUGAAAGUGAGCAAGAGGCUCUCUCAGAUAUUUUAAUUCUGAAAAACAUCAGCACGGAUGAGAUUUGUUUGACCAAAGAAAUGGAUAAUACAGAAUCUUCAUUUCCUGUGAUAGAAUCAGAAGUCAAAAUUCGCACAGAAGACAAACAGACCUCCAUGGUACCUGAACAGAAAGCUUCUGGUUUGCUUAAGAGUCGACUUGAAGGACGUAAGCUUAUCAAGUUACCGCCAUUGGUUAGAGGUUCGGAUAUAUCAAAUAUGUGUACUGUGUGCUAGUAGAAAUUUUUGAGUUGUUUGAGCUCUGCAGUACACCCCUACUCCUUGCCCCUUUUUAAAUAUUUUGUUACAAACAGAUGUGAAAUCUUUAUUUCCUUUAAAAGUCUAUCUAUCUAUAAUGAAAACAAAAUGGAAUUUUAUUUUUUAAUUUCUUUUGGAAAAUUUGGAGUAAAGUGAUGAUCAGCAGAUUCUUUGUGAUAUGUCAUGCAUACCUACCUUUAACUUCAUCUCUUAGUUUUGAGUGCUGAUUAAAGAAUUCAAAGUUCCUUUUUGCCUGUGUUGAUUUUCUGGUUAGGUACGAAAUAGUUGAAUCAUCUCAGAAAUACAUAUCGUUCUGUGGGGUUUGAGAGCGCAUUUGUGCAAGUUAUGACUGCAGGACGUAAGUCACAUUAUUUUUGUUUGAUACUUUAUUAAAAAAUGAAUAAAAUAAAUAUUAGUCCAAUUGUC